UAUGAGUGCGUCACCACGCCUAUCGCACAUUUCAAAAUGCUGUUGGGAACAUUCAAGCUUGCAAUAUUAGCAGCGGCGUUGUGCAAAGUUGGAUUUGCAGCAGGUCCCAAACUAUACAAACAAUCGCCAAAAAAUUUGGACAUUAAGAGCUACACAGAUUCUUGCAUAUUUAAAAAUCUGAACAACCUUAAUGACGGUUACAACGUUAACCUACGGAUGUCAGCAGCCAGGACCACCUAUGCGGACAACAAAGGGAAAAUCAUCCAAUUGGUCUUGACCAGAUACUGUUGGGACAACUUAGUGAGUUGUCAGUAUUGCCCCACCGACAAAUUGGGGGAAUGUUUGCCUGGUUCUAUCAAAGAUUUUGAAAGCAAUUUAUAUGAAGUAGUUUUGCCCAUUGAAGCUAAGAAUGGCCUAAAAAUGAUGGCCAAAAUCAGGCGGUACGACAAUGGAGAACUCAUUGAAGGUGUCGGCUACUUCGGCAAACCAAAACUGAAGAAGAAGCCCGAAUUUAAGUCCAAUGGAAGCACUUAUUACUCUGCAAGUAAAGGUGCGACAGGACAGUCUGACACCGCUAAAGACCCUGUCACCACUCAAGAUCAAGAGCAAAAAUCUCAAAUGUUUUCUAUGUCCUCCAAACCCGAUACUAUUACUAUUACUCCUCGCCCUCACCCAGCAAAGGGGGCUGUAGUUUACGUAGUAAAAGAAACCUAGAUUUAAAUAGGUAUUAAAGCUUAUUGUGAAUUAAUAAAUUUUUAGCUUCACAGUU